CGGGAGAUCGGGGUGAAAAACUGCUCCACUUUCUUUGUGUAUCAUCUGAAACCGACACCCUGCUCCAGUGCUGUGUACUGUACAGACACCGAGAUUUUCACAAUGGAGCAACUGGAAGUAUCAUCGACUGAAGGGUCCACCCAGGAACCGUCCACUGUCCCAAACAGAGAGCCAUCCUUAGAUUCCCACCCAGACACAACUUGGGAACCCCACGGAUCAGCAAGCAGCGAACUUGGUCCAGUUUUGUCCACCACCCCAGGAGGGUCUAUAAGCUCAGGUCCAUAUUCCCAGUCGGACACCACUCGGGAACCCCAGGAUUCAGUGACUGCAGAACCCGCUCGAGAUGUCCCGUCGGACACAACUUGGGAACCACAGGGAUUGGCAACAGGAGAGCCCGGUCUGGUUUUGUUCAGCACCCAAGGAGGACCUUUGAGCUCAGAUUCAGAUUCCUUCUCAGACAGAACUCGGGAACCCCAGGGAUCAGUGACAGGAGAGCUUAGUCCAGGUGUCAACACUACCGCAAGAGGGUCUGCGAGCUCAGGUCUGACAGUCUCUCAUGUCUCUGUUGCUUUGUCCCAGACCUGGAGAGUUCCACAGUGGAACAGUCUGAAAAAUAUUCUACUGGAGAACAGACCCAAAAACUGUCCUCUGUCCCAGCAGGAGACGGAUCCACAGAAUCCCUGUCAGACACAACUUGGGAACCCCAGGGAUCGGCAAGCAGAGAGCCCGGUCCAGUUUUGUUCACCACCCAAGGAGGAUCUAUAA